GGUAGAAACGAGCAAGAGUGCCAGGCCCGGGGUUCUCUGUGUCCUUCCCCGGGGUAGGGACGAGGCGGUGUCUUGACUUUUGGGCGCAGGGCCCAAGAGGGAGCGCGGGAGGCACCGUCCCUCCUGUACGCCUCACCUCACGCUACUCUCCGUCUUCUCCGACUUCCGCCGCCUGGACGGCUCCCGACCGACCGCCCGGGGCAGAGGUGGAAGUCUCGGACGCGGGGGCUGUGGCGAGGCCGCGGCCCUCGGAGCGGAGAUAGCAGCGUCAGCGCUGGGGAAGCGCAGGAAGGAAGAUGGCGUCGGAGCUGGAGCCCGAGGUGCAGGCCAUCGACCGGAGUUUGCUGGAAUGUUCGGCUGAGGAGACCGCGGGGAAAUGGCUGCAAGCAACUGACCUCGCUAGAGAAGUAUAUCAGCAUUUGGCCUAUUAUGUACCCAAAAUCUACUGCAGGGGUCCCAACCCUUUUCCACAGAAAGAAGACACGUUGGCACACCAAGUUUUGUUGGGACCAAUGGAAUGGUACCUUUGUGGUGAAGAUCCUGGGUUGGGAUUUUCAAAACUUGAACAAACAAACAAACCGUCUCAUCUUUGUGGUCGUGUUUUUAAAGUGGGAGAGCCUACAUACUCUUGCAGAGACUGUGCAGUUGAUCCAACUUGUGUUUUAUGCAUGGAGUGCUUUUUGGGAAGUAUUCACAGAGACCAUCGAUAUAGGAUGACAACAUCAGGAGGUGGAGGUUUCUGUGACUGUGGUGAUACUGAAGCUUGGAAAGAGGGUCCUUACUGUCAAAAACAUGAACUUAACACCUCUGAAAUUGAGGAAGAAGAGGAUCCUCUUGUGCAUUUAUCAGAAGAUGUGAUAGCCAGAACUUACAACAUUUUUGCUAUUAUGUUUCGGUAUGCAGUAGAGAUAUUAACCUGGGAAAAAGAAAGUGAAUUGCCACCAGAUUUGGAGAUGGUAGAGAAGAGUGACACCUACUAUUGCAUGCUGUUUAAUGAUGAGGUUCAUACCUAUGAACAAGUUAUUUAUACUCUUCAGAAAGCCGUUAACUGUACACAAAAAGAAGCCAUAGGUUUUGCAACUACAGUAGAUCGAGAUGGACGUAGGUCUGUUCGCUAUGGAGACUUCCAGUAUUGUGAACAAGCAAAAUCAGUAAUCGUGAGAAAUACCAGUAGACAGACAAAGCCACUCAAAGUUCAAGUUAUGCAUUCGUCUAUUGUCGCACAUCAGAAUUUUGGUUUGAAACUUUUGUCUUGGCUGGGAAGUAUUAUUGGAUAUUCAGAUGGCCUUCGCCGAAUUUUAUGUCAAGUUGGUUUACAAGAAGGCCCAGAUGGUGAAAACUCUUCUCUAGUGGAUAGAUUGAUGCUUAAUGAUUCCAAAUUAUGGAAAGGUGCUAGGAGUGUGUAUCAUCAGUUAUUCAUGAGCAGUCUCCUUAUGGAUUUGAAAUAUAAGAAACUGUUUGCCAUUCGAUUUGCAAAGAACUAUGAGCGUUUGCAGAGUGAUUAUGUGACAGAUGACCACGACAGAGAGUUUUCAAUCGCAGACCUCUCGGUUCAGAUAUUCACAGUCCCUUCGCUUGCUCGGAUGCUCAUCACGGAAGAAAAUCUAAUGACCAUUAUCAUUAAGACAUUUAUGGAUCAUUUGAGACAUCGAGAUGCCCAGGGCAGAUUUCAGUUUGAACGAUACACUGCUUUACAAGCCUUCAAGUUCAGGAGAGUUCAGAGCCUUAUUUUAGAUCUCAAGUAUGUGUUAAUUAGCAAACCAACUGAAUGGUCAGAUGAUCUGAGGCAAAAGUUCCUAGAAGGAUUUGAUGCCUUUUUGGAAUUACUCAAAUGUAUGCAGGGAAUGGAUCCAGUUACACGUCAGGUAGGACAGCAUAUUGAAAUGGAACCUGAGUGGGAAGCAGCCUUCACACUACAGAUGAAAUUAACACAUGUCAUUUCAAUGAUGCAAGACUGGUGUGCUUUAGAUGAAAAAGUGUUAAUUGAAGCUUACAAGAAAUGCCUUGCUGUAUUGACGCAAUGUCAUGGUGGUUUUACCGAUGGCGAACAACCAGUCACAUUAAGCAUUUGUGGACAUUCAGUGGAAACUAUCAGAUACUGUGUUUCCAAAGAAAAAGUUAGCAUUCACCUCCCAGUUUCUCGCUUACUUGCAGGUUUACAUGUCUUAUUAAGCAAAAGUGAAGUGGCAUAUAAAUUUCCAGAGCUCCUACCUCUAAGUGAACUUAGCCCACCCAUGUUGAUAGAACACCCUCUUAGAUGUCUUGUUUUGUGUGCCCAAGUACAUGCAGGAAUGUGGAGAAGAAAUGGGUUCUCUCUAGUAAACCAGAUUUAUUACUACCACAAUGUGAAAUGCAGGCGUGAAAUGUUUGACAAGGAUAUUGUAAUGCUUCAGACAGGUGUCUCCAUGAUGGAUCCAAAUCAUUUCCUGAUGAUAAUGCUCAGCCGCUUUGAACUUUAUCAGAUUUUCAGUACUCCAGACUAUGGGAAAAAAAUCAGUUCUGAGACUUCCCAUAAGGAUUUAGUUCAGCAAAACAACACUCUAAUAGAAGAAAUGCUGUACCUCAUUAUAAUGCUUGUUGGAGAGAGAUUUAGUCCUGGAGUUGGACAGGUAAAUGCUACAGAUGAGAUAAAGCGAGAGAUUAUCCAUCAAUUGAGCAUCAAACCUAUGGCUCAUAGCGAAUUGGUCAAGUCUUUACCUGAGGAUGAGAACAAGGAAACUGGCAUGGAAAAUGUAAUUGAAGCAGUUGCCCAUUUCAAGAAACCUGGAUUAACAGGACGAGGAAUGUAUGAACUGAAACCAGAGUGUGCCAAACAGUUCAAUUUGUAUUUCUAUCACUUUUCAAGGGCGGAGCAAUCCAAGGCAGAAGAAGCUCAACGGAAAUUGAAAAGGCAAAAUAAGGAAGAUACAGCACUUCCUCCUCCAGUUUUGCCUCCAUUCUGCCCUCUGUUUGCAAGUCUGGUGAACAUUUUACAGUCAGAUGUCAUGUUGUUGAUCAUGAGGACAAUAUUGCAGUGGACUGUAGAACAUACUGGAUAUGCCUGGUCGGAGUCCAUGCUGCAAAGGGUGUUACACUUAAUUGGAAUGGCACUGCAAGAAGAAAAACAGCAUUUAGAGAAUGUCAUGGAGGAGCAUGUGGUGACGUUUACCUUCACUCAGAAGAUUUCGAAACCUGGUGAAGCACCAAACAACUCUCCUAGCAUACUGGCUAUGCUAGAAACACUGCAAAAUGCUCCCUACCUAGAAGUCCACAAAGACAUGAUUAGGUGGAUAUUAAAGACUUUUAAUGCUAUUAAGAAGAUAAGGGAGAGUUCAUCCACCAGUCCAGUGACAGAGACAGAAGGAACCAUAAUGGAGGAGAGUUCAAGAGACAAAGACAAAGCGGAGAGAAAGAGAAAAGCCGAGAUUGCCAGACUGCGCAGAGAAAAGAUCAUGGCCCAGAUGUCUGAGAUGCAGCGGCACUUUAUUGAUGAGAACAAAGAGCUCUUUCAGCAGACGUUAGAUCUGGAUACCUCUCUCUCUGCUGUUCUUGAUAAUAGCCCCGUGGUUUCAGAUAUGACUCUUACAGCACUGGGCCCAGGACAAACCCAGGUCCCUGAACAGAGACAAUUUGUCACUUGUAUAUUGUGUCAAGAAGAGCAAGAGGUGAAGGUGGAAAGCCGGGCAAUGGUCCUGGCAGCAUUUGUUCAGAGAUCAACUGUACUAUCAAAAGACAGAAGUAAAUUCAUUCAAAAUCCAGAAAAGUAUGAUCCAUUAUUCAUGCACCCUGAUCUGUCUUGUGGAACACAUACCAGUAGCUGUGGGCACAUUAUGCAUGCCCAUUGUUGGCAAAGGUAUUUUGAUUCCGUUCAAGCUAAAGAACAGCGAAGGCAACAGAGAUUACGCUUACAUACAAGUUAUGAUGUAGAAAAUGGAGAAUUCCUUUGUCCUCUUUGUGAAUGCUUGAGUAAUACUGUUAUUCCUCUGCUGCUUCCUCCAAGAAAUAUUUUUAAUAGCAGGUUAAAUUUUUCAGACCAACCAAAUCUGACUCAGUGGAUUAGAACAAUAUCUCAGCAAAUAAAAGCAUUACAGGUUCUUAGGAAAGAAGAAAGUACUCCUAAUAUUGCCUCAUCAAAGAAUUUAGAAAAUAUGGAUGAAUUGCAGCUCCCUGAAGGAUUUAGGCCCAAUUUUCAUCCUAAGAACCCUUAUUCUGAGAGUAUAAAAGAAAUGCUAACAACAUUUGGAACCGCUACUUAUAAAGUGGGAUUAAAGGUUCAUCCAAAUGAAGAGGAUCCCCGCGUGCCCAUAAUGUGCUGGGGUAGUUGUGCGUACACCAUCCAAAGCAUAGAAAGAAUUUUAAGCGAUGAAGACAAACCGUUAUUUGGUCCUUUUCCUUGCAGACUGGAUGACUGUCUUAGGUCGCUAACAAGAUUUGCUGCAGCACAUUGGACAGUGGCCUCCCUUUCAGUGGUGCAAGGACACUUCUGUAAACUUUUUGCAUCACUGGUGCCUGGUGACAGCUCUGGAGACCUUCCAUGCAUUUUAGAUAUCGACAUGUUUCAUUUAUUGGUGGGCUUGGUGCUCUCCUUCCCUGCGCUGCAUUGUCAGGAUUUUUCAGGGAUCAGCCUUGGCACUGGGGACCUGCACAUUUUCCAUCUGGUUACUAUGGCACACAUCGUACAGAUCUUACUUACCUCAUGUACAGAAGAGAAUGGCAUGGAUCAAGAAAAUGCUGGUGGGGAAGAAGAAUUAGCAGUUCUUGCUCUGUAUAAAACGCUUCACCAGUGUACAGGAAGUGCCUUGAAAGAAAUACCCUCCGGUUGGCAUCUGUGGAGGAAUGUCAGAGCUGGAAUCAUGCCAUUUCUGAGAUGUUCUGCUUUGUUUUUCCAUUACUUAAAUGGAGUUCCUUCUCCACCCGAAAUUCAAGCUUCUGGAACCAGCCAUUUUGAACAGUUAUGUAACUAUCUUUCCCUGCCAAACAACCUCAUUUGCCUUUUUCAAGAAAAUAAGGAGAUAAUGAAAUUACUAAUUGAAAGUUGGUGUCAUAACACUGAAGUUAAAAGGUACAUGGAAGGUGAAAGAGAUGCUAUAAGCUAUCCAAGAGAAUCUAACAAACUAAUAGACCUUCCAGAGGAUUACAGCAGCCUCAUUAAUCAAGCAUCUAAUUUCUCGUGCCCCAAAUCAGGUGGUGACAAGAGCAGAGCCCCAACUCUGUGCCUUGUAUGUGGAACCCUGCUCUGUUCCCAGAGCUACUGCUGUCAGACAGAACUGGAAGGGGAGGAUGUGGGAGCCUGCACCGCUCACACCUACUCCUGUGGUUCUGGGGUGGGCGUCUUCCUGAGAGUACGGGAAUGUCAAGUGCUAUUUUUAGCUGGCAAAACCAAAGGCUGUUUUUAUUCUCCUCCUUACCUUGAUGACUAUGGGGAGACUGACCAGGGACUCAGACGGGGCAAUCCUUUACAUUUGUGCAAAGAGCGAUUUAAGAAGAUUCAGAAGCUCUGGCACCAGCACAGUAUCACAGAGGAAAUUGGACAUGCACAGGAAGCAAAUCAGACACUGGUUGGCAUUGACUGGCAACAUUUAUAAUUACUUCACUACCAAAACACAAACUUGGAUUUUGUAACCCAGUCGGCUUUUCAAGAAAGAGAAUAGGAAAUAGGUUCUACUGAAUUUGGAAAUAAAGUCUUUAUUUAAGCUUU